AUGCCUGACAUGAGCUCAAGCGACGAUGCUCCGCCGCACAAACGCCUCGCCUCAGAGCAGUCCAAGCGUGACAGCGGCACCCAUGUCGGUGCCCGAGAACACAUCCACGAUGCCCCAGCGCUAAGCGCACGCACACGCUUUCUACGAGAGCUGGAGCGGUACGCCAGUGAUGACGAUGAUUAUGGUGGCAACGCGGGCGCCGUUGCCGUCGGCGCCGGGUCCAUGCGGCAGACGAACCACGCAAACGGAGCACCGCAGAGGCGAUCCGAAUUCCCGAUGGCAUCGGCAACGCGCGCUGCUGCGCCGUCUGUCGGCCCAUCAAGCAGCUCAGACUUCUUCUUCGGUGGCGAAGACGACCCGCACGGCAAAGAGGGCGAUGACGCCGUCGGUGAUGAUGCGAUGUGGAGCACGGCAUUCGCUUCCCCGCUAGCGAGAUCCUUCAACGGCGCCCCCGUCACUGACUCCACCAGCGACAGCGGCAUAAAAGGCAGUGGUGCAGCACCAUCCCGUGUUGGCCUGCAGCUGCUGCAUCACAUGCACGCGCUCAACACAUCCGGCGACCGCAGAAGCAGCGGACACAACCCCGUCGUUCAUUCAGCCGCAGCCAAGGCAAAAACGAAACCCCAUACGUCACUCACACCGACGUCAUCUGGCGACUUCGAGGUCGUUCACGCGUAUGUGCCACUGAGCACAGGCGGCUUCCUGAGCACGGCCAACGCGGCGCAUGACACGAUGGAAGGGCAUCAAGUGCGCAUCGGCGACGUUCUCUCUCUGCGGAAGCCCCUCAGCUGCGCAGGCCCACCAUCGAGCAGCGCAGUGGCGAGUACGCCUGUCUCCUCUCCUACAACUUCAACUGCCACUCCGUCUACCGCAGCCUCCGCCCUCACCACCGGCUCGGUAGUGGAGGACGUCGCGCAGAAGGCAAUGUGUCACUUCAAGAGCGCCGCCACCUUCACCUCCGAGGAGCAGAAAUAUGGCCGGAAGCUCAGUCCUGAUAUGGUGCGCCUGCUCUUCGAGGUCACGCGGGUGGAUUAUCAAGGACGCACCAUUGAGGCGCUCUUCCUGGACGGCACACGCGCGAAGGUCUUCUUCUUCGAGGCGCGGCCGGCAGGGUACGUGGAACGGAAGCUGUACGCAACGUGGAAGGCCGAUCCAGCAAGUCGCCCUGUGGCCGUCAUCCAUAGCAACGCGUCGUCGCCGACCACGUCGUUGGCCCCAAAUGGGGCCGGCUUGCCAUCCUCCGCGCCGUCACCUGCGCUCCCGCCGCCGCCGCCGUCAGUGACCGCUGUCGCGUGGUGGGUAAUCCCGCGUCUUCUCGUGCGUGUCACGACGGAGGCAGCCGGCGACUGGUACGGCAAGAAGUGCGUCGUCAAGACCGUGCAGCGAAGCGAGAACCGCGUCCGGCUGAUGGAGUGGGUGGAGGAGGGCCGCAGCGGCGGCGGUGAGAGUGGCAGCAGGAGCGUCCACAACUGCGGUGGGCUGACGGCGGCCACUACUGAAACUCGAGAGCUGGUAGGGGUGGACGGGCUUGAGACAGUGGUCCCCAAGAAGGGUGGCCGUGCCAUGGUGGUACUGGGGAGCCGGCGAGGCGAGAUGUGCACGGUUCGCAGCCGCGUUCGUGGUGCGGAUGGUGAGUUGACGGCCGUCGAGGUGGAGCUGAACCGAACAAAGGAGGUGGUGACGCUACAGGCGGGCGAGCUAUGCGCCCUGGCGCGAUGA